AUGUUGGUGCUGGUGUUUCUGCAUCUGCGGAAGAUUGGACGCAAAUGCGAGUCCACAGAUGAGGACGCCUCAUCGCAAAAGCAGAAGUGGCAGGCUGGGGUGAAAGUCGCGGGUGCAUGGGCGCAUCUUCGUGACCGCAUGUGCGAUCUUGGAGCGGAGCUGCGGUGGAUGACGGAAGCUAAUUCUGAAGAUGUUCGUGCCUUCCGAGUGUGGAUAUCACUUGUCCCUGGUUCUAGUGUUACUGAUAAUUCUACUGUUGCACCCUCAUCUCCCCUGUAUCUCCUUCCCUCUGAUUCUCCUGGCACGAUUUUGGUUACUACGACUUUUAAUGGAACAGGAUAUGGGAGCUGGAGAAGGGAAAUGUUGUUAGGUUUGUCCUGUAAAAAUAAAUUGGGGAUGAUCAAGGGUACUAUUCCAAAACCUAGGCAUACUUCUCCUGAUUUUGAGGCAUGGAUUAGAUGUAAUGACAUGGUUGUGGCUUGGAUCCUUAAUGGUCUAGACAAGAAAAUUAGAGAAACUGUCAUGUACACAAAAUCUGCUGAGAAGCUUUGGAAGGAAAUUGAGCGGAGAUUUGGACAGGCGAGUGGAAUAAAGAUUUACCAAAUCCGUAAAGAGAUCUCUUCUAUCUCUCAGGGCUCUUCUUGUAUCGCCUCAUAUUUCAACAGGAUUAAGAAAUUAUGGGAUGAGCUUUCUUUUUCUGUUGCAUAUCCAGACUGCGUUUGUGGUUGCAAAGAGAAUUUUCAGCGUUUGGAUGAGGAACAGAAAAUUCAUCAAUUUUUGAUGGGUCUUAACGAGUCAUACUCCACUAUAAGAAGAAAUAUAUUGAUGAUGAAGCCUUUUCCUGGUGUUGAAAAUGUUUACUCUAUGCUCAUAAAUAAUGAGAGUCAAUCUGAAGUCCAAGCCACUGUCCCAUCCUUUAGUUCUGAUUCUGUAGCUUUCUCUACUGGAGCACAAAAACCUUAUCCUCAAAAUUAUCCUCAAAAGCCUUACCCUCAUAAUUACACUCAGCAAAUACAAUUUGACUCCUCCAGGAAGCCCAAUGCAAAUCUAGUUUGCAGGUAUUGUAAAAAGCCUGGUCAUGUCAUAGAGAAAUGCUUCAAGCUGCAUGGUUUUCCUUCUGGAUAUCAGCCAAAGUCCAGCAACCCUGCUUUUUAG